CGUUAACUUGUAUCAUUUGUGUGUCAGGUCAACAUGGAAACUGCUCGCUUCUUCAAGUCUGAUUUUGAGGAGAAUGGCUCCAUGGACAACGUCUGCCUUUUCCUCAACCUGGCCAAUGACCCCACCAUCGAGCGUAUCAUCACCCCUCGUCUGGCGCUCACCUCAGCAGAGUACCUGGCCUAUCAGUGUGAGAAGCACGUGCUGGUCAUCCUCACCGACAUGAGCUCCUACGCUGAGGCUCUCAGAGAGGUUUCUGCUGCCCGAGAGGAAGUGCCCGGCCGUAGAGGUUUCCCCGGCUACAUGUACACUGAUCUGGCUACCAUCUACGAGCGUGCUGGCCGGGUGGAGGGCAGAAACGGCUCCAUCACACAGAUCCCUAUUCUGACCAUGCCCAAUGACGAUAUCACCCAUCCUAUCCCUGAUCUGACUGGAUACAUCACAGAGGGGCAGGUGUACGUUGAUAGGCAGCUGCACAACAGACAGAUCUACCCACCCAUUAAUGUGUUGCCCUCACUGUCCCGUCUGAUGAAGUCAGCCAUCGGGGAGGGGAUGACCAGGAAGGACCACGCUGACGUUUCAAACCAGCUGUAUGCCUGUUAUGCCAUUGGUAAGGACGUCCAGGCCAUGAAGGCUGUGGUGGGAGAAGAAGCCCUCACCUCGGAUGAUCUGCUCUACCUGGAGUUCCUGCAGAAGUUUGAGAAGAACUUCAUUGCUCAGGGUAGGAACAAGCUUAGGGAACCACUCGCAUCUUUUCAACCUAAUUUUGACCGUGACACUUUGUGAUAUUCCAUUUGUGAG